AAAAUGUAUACGACGACAAACCAAUAUAGCUCAAUGCCAAUAUACCAGUGAACUUAAAGUCAAUAUUAAAACAAAUUUUCUUUUACAAAAGCCGUUUUUUGUAAUCUUAAAAAGAGGUAACACACAAAAAAUCCACCUAAAUGUCCGACGAAGUACCUUCGGGAAGAUUAUCUCAAAUUUUUGAUCCGCUUACCAACUUGCAGGUGCCGGGCAGCAUUAUUUCCAGCAGCACCAACAACAACAGCACUGGGACGACAACAGCAGCUUUAUUGGGUGCUGCUAGUGUGGGCAGUGCUGGUAGUAGCAGUAGUUCCCAUCACCAUCAUCAACAGCAGCAGCAGCAGCAGCAACAUCAGGCAUUCCAAGACCAGUACCAGUAUUUAAUUCAAGCACAUAAUUACUUUCUGCGUUCUCAAUAUGCUUGGCCGGGUGCAAAUCAAAGUCAUUACUUUCAGCAGCAACAGCGUUAUCAAGGGCAAUAUGUCACACAUCAACAUCAUCAUCAAUAGGGGCAUUUGAUGAUUAUGACAGGGGCAUUGCAACUUCAACAACAACAACAGCAUUCGUUUCCAACCCUAUAUGACACUUCGCAUAUUUUGAAUUCUUCUCCAUUGCUUACCAAACGGGCCAUCUCCUUUAGCGGCCUCUAAGUCGCCAGCAAAUGGAAUUGGACCUGGACAGUCCUGCAGCUGCCUUCCAACAUAGCCAAGCUACAGUCCAAUCGACACCAAAUAGUCUAUGUUUAAUGCCUCGGCGGACCCAAAAACCACCUCCCUUACCAGCUAAGCCCACCAGUAGCGGCGCAGCGGCAUUAGCAGCAUCCGUUACCAUAGCCUCAAACCAAAAUGUAACGUUAAAAUAUCAACAAUCACAACGACAACAGCAAGUGAAUCCAGCUGCAUCACUGGAUGCUCCAUGGCUUCAUUUUUCAUCGUUGACGGACAAUUUGGAUGUUCAUCAGGUCAAUAAUUAUACGCAGGAUGUACCGGAGGUACGUUUAAAAAUCCGCCUUGGCAAUGAUUAAGAUGAAAUUAAUCAUCUGUCUUUCCGCUUCAGAUCAACUGGCAAGAGCGCUGCUUGUAGCUCCAAUUAGAAUUACAUCGUUCAAAGAAUCAAGCUGGCCGUAUACAAGACAUGUUAAGAGAAAAGAUUUUUUUAGAGUCCACUUGCAAAGCUUCAUGUUAAUUUCUUUGCGGCCAAGGGAUGAUUAAGGGUCUACGGAUGCCUGCAAACUUUGAGCCCACACGCUGUAAACCGCAAGUCGGGCAUAUGAAUGUAUUUUUAGGGAAGUAUCAAUACUUGAAUGAAUGAUAAGAAUGUACUUUAUGGUAUUCUUUUAUAUUUUCAGAUCUACCCAAAAAUGUGAGGUGACUUCACAACUGAUCUGGCAAAGGAUUUUAGGGGUUUUUCCUAAUAGUCGGCUGUCAUAAUCGCAGAGAGUAUAAGCAAAGAAGAACCCAAAAAUGUAGAUGUGUAUAUUAAUGACAGUACGGCAGUUAUGUAUGAUUUAUACAAAACAGUGUGCGAAGACAUUUAGUGUAUAAUAGGGAAUGUCAGGCCCUAUAAUUAAUCUUUCGACAGUGUUUUUAUAUAAUAUAAUAAUAAAACAUCAAAGAUGUAAAAAACUAAUAUUUCAUUGUAAUGGUAUUGAAAAGGUCUGCCACUCACAAUACAAAUUAUUUUGCAACAUUUUAAUGCUCCUCAUCGCUAUAUCUUGAUUUCAACAGACAAGCGGUCUGACAGAUAUCUUUAAGUCGACAAAAUUAAUUUACGCUGGUUUACGCUUUACCAUCGCUCUUCACUAAUAAACAAGCGUUGUUUUUACAAUAACAACAAUAAUGGAAUUAUUAUUUUUUACUAACGGUUUUUUAAAUUAAAUUUUCUUUGAUAGUUUUUCACUGAAUCAUAGGAAUAUAGGGCCAAAACCUGAAAUAGAAAAGGAGCGACAAACAUUUAUGUACAAAUACAAUCAAUUAAUUUGUUCUUUGUACUUUUUACUUUUCUUAAA